UCUCCACCUCCAGCACCACUCCCCUCCCUUUCCGUGUCUGUUCCUCUCGCUUCGCUGUCAGCGCACGAUAACUCGUAUCUCCUCCCGAAACCUGAGCGCCGGUGUCCCCCCCCUCCCCGGCCCCGCACGCAACAUGGCUACGAUCGUCACCUCCACCAGGUUCACGGACGAGUACCAGCUUUACGAGGAGCUCGGGAAGGGUGCCUUCUCUGUGGUCCGCAGAUGCGUAAAGAAAUCCACCGGGCAAGAAUAUGCUGCUAAAAUUAUCAACACGAAGAAACUUUCGGCAAGGGAUCAUCAGAAACUGGAGCGUGAGGCACGGAUCUGCCGGCUGCUCAAGCAUCCCAACAUCGUCAGACUCCAUGACAGUAUUGCUGAAGAAGGCUUUCACUAUCUCGUCUUUGACCUUGUCACUGGCGGUGAGCUGUUUGAGGACAUUGUGGCCCGAGAGUACUACAGCGAGGCUGAUGCCAGCCAGUGUAUCAAUCAGAUUCUGGAGAGCGUCAAUCACAUCCACCAGCAUGACAUCGUGCACAGGGACCUCAAGGUGAGCAUCUCUGUUUAUUCAGAUGCUUGCUCCCCAACACCCUUCACUGAUGCUUCCUGUAGCCUCUGCAGUUUCGUUAAUGUCGCUUUUCCCUGUGCAGGUUUCGCAGGCACUCCUGGUUACCUCUCUCCAGAGGUCCUUAGGAAGGACCCAUACGGGAAGCCUGUCGAUAUCUGGGCCUGUGGUGUGAUCCUUUAUAUCCUGCUUGUGGGAUAUCCCCCUUUCUGGGAUGAAGACCAACAUAAACUCUACCAACAGAUCAAAGCGGGUGCCUACGAUUUCCCCUCCCCGGAGUGGGAUACCGUUACCCCUGAGGCCAAAAACCUCAUUAACCAGAUGCUAACCAUCAACCCGGCCAAAAGGAUCACAGCUGAGCAGGCCCUCAAACACCCGUGGGUCUGUCAACGCUCCACUGUGGCCUCCAUGAUGCACCGUCAAGAGACCGUUGAGUGCCUACGCAAGUUCAACGCCCGGAGGAAGCUGAAGGGAGCCAUUCUCACCACCAUGCUGGUGUCCAGAAACUUCUCAGUGGGCCGGCAGCAUACCAGCCCUGCUGCUGCCACCACCAGCACUGCCGCGCUGGCACAGGAAGCUUGCAAAAGCUUACUCAACAAGAAAUCGGAGGGAGUCAAGCCGCAAUCAAACAACAACAAAAACAAUGUUGUGGGCGGCAACAAAGACAGCAGCUCUUCAUCUGUCCCAAUGGAGCCUCAAACCACUGUUGUUCACAACCCUGCUGAUAGUGUCAAGGGCUCCACCGAGAGCUCCAACACCACAGAAGAGGAGGAGAUGAAAGCUAGCAAAGCUCGGAAGCAGGAGAUCAUCAAGAUCACAGAACAGCUGAUCGAGGCCAUCAACAAUGGAGACUUUGAAGCUUACACGAGAAUAUGUGAUCCUGGCCUGACCUCCUUCGAACCGGAAGCACUUGGGAACCUUGUGGAGGGAAUGGACUUCCACAAAUUCUACUUUGAGAAUUUGUUGAGUAAGAACAGCAAGCCGGUGCACACCACCAUCCUGAACCCGCACGUGCACCUGAUCGGCGAGGACGCGGCCUGCAUCGCCUACAUCCGCCUCACGCAGUACAUCGACAGCCAGGGCCGGCCUCGCAGCUGCCAGUCGGAGGAGACGCGCGUCUGGCGUCGCCGCGACUCCAAGUGGCUCAACGUGCACUUCCACUGCUCUGGAGCACCAUCUGCACCCCUCCAGUGAACUGCAGCAGGCCGAGCUUGCCUGAUUUCUUAGGGAGGCUGGAGCAUUUCGUCUCCAAAGUUGGAUCGGCGCCCAAGACUGGUUGGAGAUGACGUCUCAGCGUUAAACAAAAAAAUUGAGGGUAACAAAGUAACAAAAAAUAUAUAUACAAAUGUAGAAACCACCUGAGAGCAGCACCACUAAUCCAGUGUAAUCCUAGGCUAGUCAGACGGUGGGGGCCAGUUGCCGUGGCAGCUCGGCCUUGGGGGUCAGUGCAUGCACCUGCUGCCCACAAGGGGGCGCCGAGUCGCCCCAUUUUCACGGAUCCAGCUUCCUUGCCCGUUUACAAUGUCCAGAAGGUGUGUUAAAAUAUAUCUUAAAUUACGUUUAUAUAUAUGCAUAAAAUUACUAUAAUAAUGAUAAUGAGUUGUGUAAGACAAACAUUUGUGUAAGUAAACAUAGGAGAUGCAGAAAGUGAAGUUCAGACUGAAAGAGGAAAAAAUGCACACAAACCUGAAAUUUUUGAAUGUACAUUUCAGGCUUUGGACGCAACUCUUCACGUAUGAUAGGGUGUGUAUUCUUAGACAAAAUAAGUGAGUCUCAGAAUUUAAAGCACCAAAGUCUAGACUUUAGGCAUUUAAAAACAUUUUAAUGUUAGUUUUUUUCUUUGGAAGAGUGGGACAGAUUUUUUCGUACUUGGCUGUGUGUUUCUCAAACUCUUGAGUUAUUGUAUUUCGGGGUUUUUUGUGUUUCCAGCAAAAUAAUUUUUAAAAGGGGGAUAUUUUUAAUUUAAACUACAUAUUAUGUAUUUAUGUAUGUAGGCAUGUGUAUGUAUGUGUAUAUACACACAUGCAAGUAUAGAUGUUAUGUAAAUAUAAGAGCGAAAAGUGAAAUUUGAGUUCACUUUCAGGGUUUGAGAAAGGAGUUUUGUGUCUUUGUACUGUCUGUAUGCUCUCUGAAAAAUCAUCCCUUCUGCUGCUUACUAGGCAAAAAAUAUAUAUGUACACAAAUAUGUGUGUGUGUGUGUAUAUAUACAUAUAUAUUUUAAAAAAAAGGCACAAAGACUGAACUCUAAACCUCCGUUGGGUUGGGGUGUCUCACUGCACCAGCCCCCUCCCGGCCACACUUGAAGUUGCAGAAUGCACACUGUGCUCCGUGCUUAGGACGGCGUUCGCAGCCCUUAGGGAGGUCGGGGUUCAUUCGGGCCGCAGAGCGACUCUGACCAUCGCUCGAGCUCUUUCUGUCCAGGCAGAGCUGCGCACAGCUCUCGUGCCGUCCCGCGCAGACCUUCAUUUCCGAACCCCAAACUGAUGCCGUUUUGGGCAAUUUAAAGGGAGAGAUUUUCCUUUUGUUUAUUUUUUUAAUGGCGCGAACUGUUUAGCACGCUCACUUUGAGACUCGAUACUGUUACGUUCACUGUAGGUGGACCUUCUGCAAUUUCAGGUUGGCCUUUCCCUGCGGGGGACUCGGGGAAUGGGGGACUCUGGACCAUUGAUUUUCACCCCCCCCCCUCUCCGUCCGUCAGUCUGCCCCUUUGGGUGCUGUUGCUUUUGUUGUCCCGUGACAUUUGUUUUGCCCAGUGUCUUCUAUCGCUGACCCUGUAAGGCUGGUUAAGGACCGUACACUGUUCCUGCUCGGGGGGGAAUGUGCUCCUGGUUACUUGUCACAUGAUCUGAGGUUUCACAGGGUGAUUAUUCAAAUGUAUGUUUCAAGCAAGGGUUUAGUCCGUUGAUUUUUAUCGUUCCUGUUUGUGGUGGUUGUGGCAGUGGUGUUCUCGUGACGUCUCGUAUAUUUUUUUUCCUAAAAAUAGUUGUGGAAUUGGAUAAGAAAGUUCAGACCCAGGGUAUUUUGUAGGGAGGGAGUCAAACACACGCACACACACACACACACACACACAGAUAGACAGAGUUACGGACACACACACACACGGAAACGGUACCCAUGAAUCUGUAGUAUGGUUACAGAUAUCAAACGGCACAGUAUACUGGCAUGUGAUCCGAGUGGGGGGGAGAGAGAGAGACACAUAUACAUACACACACACACACAAGUUUGCACAGACUGCAAGCGGGGCUGUAUAUAAAGAUGCCACAGCCAGCCAAUCAGAUAUUCCACAUCUUCCAGCAGGGUCUGCUGAUUGGUUUAGCGGUAUGUUUUUAAUGUAGGCCUAUGGGAGAGCAUUUACAAACAGAGGUUGGUGGUGAGGGACAAUUCCCCAAAACGAAGAACUUCUGCAACAUCAUUUUCUAUAGAUAUAUAAAUUGUGACACUGUGCCCCCCCCCCACCUUGUUCUGCAUUCUCGCGUCCCUGUGUAACUCGCUGUCCAGCUCGUCAUAUCACUGCCGUAUCGCGACCCACGUGACGUACUCUGAAAUGUCAGUAUAUCCCCUCCUGGACUUGAUGUAUGCUGUAGGAGCUGGCUGCCUCGUUCAGCCACACAGGGUUCAUUGUUUGUAUGUAGGCGUGCAAGGCCAAGGAUUCUGCGUGUGGAUGACAAUUAGCUGUUGCAGUUCACUGCAGAGCCAAUUGGGGGAACAAGAGACACUAUUCGAGGGUAGUAAAGUACACAACUGGCAGUGCAGUGCCAGUGCUCAGCUUGUUUGCAGUGUACUCAAUCUUGAUUAUUAGAAGCCACACAGAUUAUUAAGAAAAAAAAAUUAUAUAUGCAGUUUUACAAAAAGGAAGAUAUAUGCAUGUGAACUUUCUGGUUAAAACACUUAAAAUCUAUGUUAGUUGCAUCUGAGGUAAAUGAACUGGUCCAUCUUAAGUGGGGAAUCACCUUUUAAGAGAAAUGGUGACAAUGAGAGGCCUCCGCUUGGUAUACUCCAUCCUUAUUAGCCAAUCUGCUGCAUUGUGACAGUGUAUUAUGGGCCAAUUUCAAUAUAUGCUGAGUUUUAAAUUUGGAUGCUGGAUUUUGCAUGAUGACAAUUUAAAAACAUGAAGUAACAAAACUCAAGUGUUUGAAUGUUAAGUCUUCAUCAUAAGUUUGUUAUUACUGACUUGAUCUGAAAAGUAUUUAAUAAAAAUAACCUUUAAUGCU